AUGGUUCGCGGCGCUGAGUACGACAACGGUGUCCCCCAGAGCGACAACGCCAUCGAGAACGGCCCCACCAAGGCCCACGGUGUCGGCAAGGAGGACGGUCCCCUCGACCGCAAGGUUGCUCCCAUGCCCGCCGAGACCGGCUCUGAUCGCGAAGUCUUCAGCGGCACCGGCGCCCCCGGUCACAGCAGCGGCAAGGGCGGUCACGAGCCCAAGACCCUUGGUGAUAAGAAGGGCCUUGGUGCUCUGCCUGGACAGUAA